CGGUUAUAAACAUUUGUAGUCUGAGUAGCUUUCUAACAUAUUUACUGAUAAGUCGUUAAUAGAACAUUUUUGGUUAUAAAAAGUACAAGGUGUUUCUGUCUAUUGUAACAUAGCGGUGGUCGUUAGCGCUGUCGCCUCACAGCACGAGGAUUCCGGGUUCGAGCCCCUUUUUGUGCAGCGUUUGCAUGUUGUUCCUGUGUGGGUUCUCUCCGGGUUCUCAGGCUUCCUCCCCUAGUCCAAAGGCAUGGUUGUUUGCCUACAUGUUAGUCCUGUGAUUGACUGACGACCUGUCCAGCCCAAUGUCCAUCGACCCUAUUCAGGAAUAAGCAGUAUAGAUGAUGGAUGGAAAUGUCAUAUAAUGUCUAUAUAAACCAAAGCACCACAUUUUCUGGUGUAAUGCGAGCUCCUCUCCGCUGGGUGCUAUGGGAUGUGAAGGACACCCUGCUGAAGGUGCGGUUGUCUGUGGGAGAGCAGUACUGCAAGGAGGCUGAACGAAUGGGCAUCAGCCUCAGUCCUGUGGAGGUUAAUGCUGCUUUCCACCAUGUGUAUCAAAAUUACUCCACCAGAUACCCAAAUUAUGGCAUCACCCAGAGCCUGAAUGGACAGUCUUGGUGGAUGGGAGUGGUGCGGGACACUUUUUCCCUGUGUCGUGUACAGGACCCAGCCCUGCUAAAUACAAUGGCUCACAACCUUUAUCAUAAUUACUGUAAUGCAGAGAACUGGGAGGUCUUUCCAGACUCAAAGAAGGCCCUAGAGAGUUGCUCUUCUCUAGGACUGAAGCUGGGUGUGGUAUCCAACUUUGACAGCCGCUUAGAAGCGAUCUUACAGGUUUGUGGCCUGCUGUCUCACUUCACAUUUCUGCUGUCUUCAGAGGAAGCAGGCAUAGCUAAGCCAAACUCAGCCAUCUUUGGACAGGCACUGCAGAAAUGUGGUGUACCAGCUGCCAGCGUAGCCCAUAUUGGAGACCACUAUGUGAAUGAUUACCUCGCCUCUCGAUCUGUGGGCAUCUGUGGGUUUCUAUUAGACAGAUGCAUGCGUAAACAGCCUGAAGUUCCUCAAGAGCAUCGGCUCAGCUCCCUGGAGGACUUGCCGUCACAGCUUCAGCAGCGCAUGUGAUAAUUCCAAACAGGCAUAGGCUCAAAGAGCAAAGCUACUCAAGUUCACUGUGGUUCAGCUAAGGAACUUAUUGCUGGGAUGCAGCCAUGUUGACCACGUCAUCCUCUGCACACAACAGAUUAAAUUGUCUUGUCAAAAAUGUAUAGGAAUCCUUAGUAAACUGAAAAUACAGUGCAACUGUAUAUAUUUACUGUAAAUAAAGUAGUAGCAUGGAAUAAAUGUUUGUAUUUAAAUAUAGUGCCAAGUAUCCUCUACUGAAAUCAGUAGAAAAGAUGGAAAACAUUUGUUGUAACAAGAGCCCAGCUGAUCUAUCAGUGUGGCUAACAUUAGCUUAUCAGAUAGAUAUUACCACUAUAUACAGUAUAUAUUAGACAAUAAGUAACAAAACAUAACAGUACAGAAAUGUCAAAUCCACAUUUGAGGAAAUUUAUUGUGGAUUUUUUAGUCUCAGAACUUUCCACAUCAGAUCUCAACAUGACACAGGCUGAUAUGCUCUAAAGGAAACUCGUAUAAUUUUACACAAAGAUAAUUAUAACUUUACCCAGAUGAAUGAAGACAUGACAACAGUACUGAAGUCAAGUAUAAACUGAAAAACCAGGACCCCAUGUUCAUGCUUUCACUCUCAGGUUUGGCUACAAGUACCUUCCUUUUUAUUUUUUAUUUGAAUUGGCUGUUUAACCGGAGCUACUGAGCUUUUCAUCAUUUCUAGUGAUUAGCAGUGAGGAGAACAAGGCAGGGUUGCUAAACACUAAUACCUUUGUAAAUACUCUUAUUUCAAACCAUCUGGUCAGACACAGAUAACUGGGAAUCUUGGGCUUAGGAUCAAAAGAACCAGAGGAAAGGGACCAGAAUGGCACUGCAGUUCACAGCCUCUCAUGGGGAAUGGGGAUUGACAUUUGUCCAAAUCGGGUUUAAUGAGAAUUCUCUGAUGUUCACAAAACUUCCCUCCAUUACAUGCCACAAAGUGUGAAUAAACACCCAGUUUCUUAUGUUUUCAUUUCCCUUUUCUUGGCACAGUUUUCACUUGAUUUCAUUUUUUCCCCUCCUUGGACUUCUUUGUACGUAAAGGGUAUUAUAUACUGUAUCUUUAGGGAAGCGCCCACAAGAGCUGUUUAAUUCAAAGCUGGUUUAGUAGCCCAGCCAGAUGGCUCUAAAGGGCUUCACAGAAAUCCAUUUGCAGACAUAACGGGAUUGCAAAACAAUAUGAAGGGAGCAAAACAGAAGAGCGGAGAAGAUACAGCAUGUUAUGAGGGAAGAUGACAACUAGUGACAUACAGUACAGUGGAAAUGAAAAGCAAAGGGUGUAUGUGGCACAGUGUUGAACAAAUGCUUCAACAUGAACAGGUCUAGAUUGUGUCAAACUAAUAAGGGAAUCACAAAUGAAUAGUGAUACUCUAUAGAAGAGGGAUGAAACAUUUCUGUCAGCUACAGAAGCACUCAAGAGUUGGGCUCUUUGUUCUGUCGGGCCCGGGGUUCA